AUGGCAAUGGAGACCUCUUCGAGCUUUACGGCUCGAAGACAAGCAACACAGGCUUUGCCUCCUUUCCAUCUCCCGUCGGCAAAUCAAGAUAUACCGAGUAUGAGUAGACAUUCUCAUCAGUACCCUUUCAGUUUUCACAAUCAGCCUUUGCAGUCGCCAUCGUCGUGGCAUGCUCCCGCGAUGGUCACGCCGUCGGCUCCCUCCUCCUCCUCCGCUGCUUCAAACACUCAACAUUCUCCCAUUACCGCCAGCUCUGGUCUAACAUCGCCUUCAGGAGUGCCAGGUGAAGGGCUUAGUCCGCUUUCCUCCGGCGUCAACACCACGAGCUCCCAGAGCUCCUACUACCCGGGAGGCAACGGCCACGGAUCAUGGCCUACGCCCUCCAGUUCGUACCAGCUCAGCUCUGGGACGCCCCAAGGGCUCGUCCAGACGUCCCAGUACGCCUCCCGCGCGAGCACCUACGAUCAGCAGUCCCCAAUGUCCUACUCUCGCACUUCGCAAUCACCCGCAACUGGUGAGGGUCUUCCUCCACCGCCCUACGGGCAAACGCACCAGUCCUUCCAGGCUUAUGCUCACGGAGGAGCGGGCUCUACACCAGUCAGUUUGCCAUCUCAAGGGCCCCCGACACCUCAGGCUGGGAUCCUUGGAUCUCACGGCACCGUCUCGACUCAACCUCCAACACCCGGUGGGCUGCACUCCCAUAUUGACUCGUAUACCCAGUCUCGGCCACCGGCGACUCCCGGCUACUACUCAACUUCCUCAGCCCCCCAGCAAUCGUUCAACAACUACCAACCAUCCCACACCUCGCCCACCGCUCCCUCUCCGACGACGUCAGCGGGCCCCGGAAGAGGACUGGCUGCGCUUCAACACCCUUCCGCGAUGGCACCCCCUGGUUCCUACCGCUAUCCCGGCUAUCAUGUCCCAUCGAUGGGAGGACCCAUAAUGUCCAACCUCACUUCUCCCGGACACCAAAUGUCGCUUGUCACCGGGAUGGGCGUUCCCGGGGCUUAUGGGGCACACCAUCUAGCACCGUCAAUGUAUGGCCACAGCCACGGGGGACAGCCCAACCCGCAAGCCGAGCGUCCUUUCAAGUGUGAUCAGUGCCCGCAGUCUUUCAACCGAAACCACGAUCUCAAGAGACACAAGCGAAUCCAUCUUGCCGUCAAGCCUUUCCCCUGUAACUUUUGCGACAAGAGUUUCUCGCGCAAAGACGCGCUGAAGAGACAUCGCUUAGUCAAGGGGUGUGGUUCCAAGGAGGGCGAUAACCAAAACGAGAACGGGCGCCGCUCUUCGCAAGAUCACUCUGACGACGGAACCCCUCCACUCAAGCGAGAAUAG